CCUACCUUGAUGAGAUAGAUGGGUAAGUACAUGAGGAAGGCAAAGACAGCAGGGGAGGUGGCUCUCAUGGAGCUAGCCCAGUCCUCUCUGGGCGUUCGGACCCGCGCCAAAACCCUAGCUCUCCAGCGCCUCCAGAAAUCGCCGGCGGAGGCUUCCUCCGCCGACGGCUCUUACCUCCAGCUCCGGAGCCGGAGACUCGAGAAACCCCCACUUCCGGUUACCGGCGAUUCGAAGAGACAGAAGCAAAGCCCUAAAGAGAGUUGUGUAGCGAAAUCUAACCCGAAUUCGAGAACGAGGUUGGGUUCUGUGAAUUCUGGGUCGGCUGAGUCGGUUUCGGAUGAUUGUUGGAAGAAAGAGGUGAGUCGUUUGGAAGCAGAGAAAGUUGGGGGUGAAGAGGAAGAAAAUCAGAACAACAACAAUGUUGAUGUGGGUGUCGAAGUUUGUUUUGGAGAAAAUGUGUUGGAACUUGAAGGUAGAGAGAGGAGCACCAGGGAAAGCACACCUUGCAGUUUGAUAAGAGAUCCAGAGAGCAUCCGAACCCCUGGUUCGACUACUAGGCCUACUAGCUCUCCCCAAGCGGACACGAGAGUGCAGAAUUCCUUGCAAAGAAACAUCCCAACAUCGCACGAAAUGGACAAGUUCUUUGCCAGUGCAGAAGAACAGCAACAACAACAAUUUGUUGAGAAGUACAACUUUGAUCCUGUGAACGAUGAGCCCCUCCCUGGACGUUAUGAUUGGGUGAAGCUGGAUCCAUAGGUGUUAGUAUUUCGUCAAGACUUUCUUUUCCUGCAAAUUCCCAAUCUGAUCGUUGGCGUAGCUAAAAACAGUUGCAGGGAUUGUUUUUGCUUUCAUGGUGAUGGAGGUUAGCUUAUUUUCCAUUUUCCGUCACCUUUCUUUACUUGUAAAGAAAGAAGAGAAGUAGGGCUGUCAAUGGUUAGAAGUGUAGACUAAUGAUCUGUGUAAACAUAACAAAGCUUGUCAUUAACAUAACAAAUACAAGGAAGGUCCUUUGUCUAACAGAUCAUCUCGAGGAGUAAUUAUUAGGUGUUCUCGGAUCACCAUAUAGGAUUUUGGUCUCGACAUUGAAAAAUGUAAUCUGAGGUCCCACAUUUACUGGGGCCCACCUCCUUGGAAUCCGGCAAAUGUGAAAAGGGUUUUUGGGGUUUUAGAAGCUCAGUGAAUUGGGUCAUUGUCUUAGUCUUAGAUGGUACAGAAAUUCAACUUUUUUUUUUUCUUUUCGGUUUUGGUAUUGUGUCCUGUAAUUUCAUCUUCCUUUUGUUGUCUUGUACCAAUGGAAACUCUCUGGAAUAAAAAUGACCCAUUUCCCUCUCUUAA